GUACCUCCCGGAUCGCAACCACGCUUUGUUUAUUGCUCUUGUAAACAACUCGCCCAACGUCUUGACUCCCCCGACUUGUAUCCCAUAUCUUGAUACCACAAGUCAACCUCGUCUGAUAUUGUGAUCCAGCCUUGACGCAACAAGACUUAUAUCAUCCAGCUCCUCACUCAGCUCGCCCCCCACAAGCAACCACCCACAAGCAACCACCCACAACAUGGCUCCCAACGUCAACAAACCCUCAGACACAAAAGAGAAGGAGGCCGAUGUAAACCGCAAACUCCAGAUCUACGGCAUCAUCAGCGCCUUUCAGCUCGGCAAGGUUCCCUCGAACGACCAGAUCGAUGUCGCCCUAAACAGCUUCCUGGAGUCCAAGGCGCUCUCAAGGCCCUCCAAGAAGCUCUCUCCCGAGGGGCAGCGACUGGUGGAAGAUGUCAAGGAAGUGGUCACGCAGGCCAAGCAUCUGCUCCUGUCCAAGAAUGAUGGCAACCUGCUGCAGGACUUUAUCUGGCAGACCCAGCAAUUUGACCCCAAUGCCGUGUCGACACCCGGAGCUCCCGUCAGUAAGGAACAGGCACGGCAACACGGCAACCAGGCGCUCGAGGGUCUGCGCACUCUGGGCACCCUGAUUAUCACAAACGGGCAGUUCCGGAAGCUUCUUUCUGAUGCGACCAUCCUCCUCCGCGACAUUGCUGGCGACGCCGCCACGAAUGCUGCAGCCCGCGUCAGACCCAGCCAGGAAGACCUCGAGCAAAUCGACCGUCCCGCUCAGGACAACACCUGGCACGAUGCUCCCGACAUGUCCAAGAACAGCGUGAAGGGUAAGCUCCAGAAUUACUACAAGGGCAAUCCCAAGGAGGACGCUAGGGCUGCCAUCUCCGAGGCCACAUCCGAAGCCCACCCUUCCGGUUCCUCGGAUCCGAGAGACCUCGCAAACACCGCAGCACAUGAUGGCCAGACCUGCGCCUCUUCAGGGGUCAACGCGACUGGGGGCGCGGCGGCCGCCAAGGACGCCCUGAAGCGCAACGUCGAUAAAAACGUUGACGAGGAAACCAAGGAAAAGGCCCGCGCCAGGCGUGAUGAGUACCGUGAGCGUGCAAGGAACUACUUCUCUCGCAAGAUGCCGCAGGAGCGUCGCGAGCAGACCAUUUGGCGUCUCAAGAAAAUGAUACUCGAGUGCCAACAGCACCCUGAUUAUCAACAUGCCAUCCAGACGCUGCUGGAUCUUGCCGAGGAGUACGGCGACCACGCCAACCGGCUUGCCAGGGGUGGUUCGGAUACCGUCAAGGAGGCCCGCUCUGGCCUGGUCCAGGCCGAAACCGACCUAAAGACGUUGGUUGAGCGUUUUGCAAAUGGCACCUCUACCGACGACCUGUGGGACUCCAUUAAGACCAUCUACAGCGACGCGGACCGCGAUCCCCAGUUGAAGAACUGGUUCAAGUCGCUGAACCAGUACAUUCGCAGAUGUCUGCAGGAGCAGGGAUACAUCCUGGACGACGACUCCAACGCGCAGUGGAACCGCCUGCAUGAUGAGGGCAACUACCUGUUGCGGGACAAGUACCGCAGCCACGCUGACCGCGUCGUGGAUGAGAUCAAGUUCCUGGCCGACCAGCUCGAUCAUGACCCGCAAAACAAGGCCUUUGCUGCCUCCAUGACCAAGCUGUUCACCGACCUGGGCAACGACGAGAACGGGAGGCCAGCCUUCAAGCCCCAUCUCGUCAAGGAUCUCACCGACGUGAUCAUUCCCGCCAUUCUUCAGAAUAUCGCCUACAUUCCGGUGCCCCGGAUCGAGUACUCAGAACCUCGGUUCGACGCCGUUAUUGAGAACCUCGUCCUCGAGAGCGACAACUUCAUGCCCAACGUGCUGGAGGUCGCCAGCGAGAACUACAUGCGCUUCGGCCGGAAGAAGAUUGCCAGCAGCAGCAAGCACUCGGUCGACGUCAAGGUGACGGGCAUCCAGAUGGACCUCAGAGAUGUCAGCUACUACAUCAAGCGCAAGCAAGGCUUCCCUUCUAUCACGGACAAGGGCGUCGCGAACUUUUUGUUGGCCGGGGACGGCUUCACCUUCCGGAUGAAGUUCUUGUCACCAGACAAGAGCGACCGGAAAUCCUUCUUCAAGGUCGAUAAGGUGGACGUUUCCGUCAACAACCUCGACAUCAAGCUCGUCGAGUCGAACCACAAGAUACUUUUUGGUCUCUUCAAGCCACUGAUGCUCAUGGUGCUCCGUCCCGGCGUGCAGAAGGCGCUGGAGAAGGCGAUCAAGGACCAGGCCGCCAAGCUGGACGCCAUGCUGUUCCAGAUCAAGCAGGAGGCUGACCGGGCGCUCGAGCAAGCCCGUGAGAGCCCCGAGCAGGCGCCCAACAUCUACAACCGUUACGUGACGGCCGCGCAGAAGAAGGUGCUUCAGGGCAAGCGGAAAGCGCAGGAGACGGCGGCCGACAAGAAGGUCAAUUACGCCAUCACCAAGGAGGACAGCAUCUUCCCCAACAUCCACCUGCCGGGCGGUAUCAGCUCCAAGGCGACCGAGUACCGGGAGCUCGCCCGCAAGGGUGACAAGUGGGAAAGCCCCGUCUUCUCCAUCGGCUCCGCCGGCAAGAGUCGCGACAUCCCCGCCCCGCCGACCGUCGUCCGAAAGCUGCACAAGACCGCAACGCCGGGCAACGUGCACGGUGGGUACGGCGGGGGUGCUCCCAACGGGAAUACCCUGAAGGGCAACCACGACCUCGAUGGAGGCUUGAAGGCCCAUUCGCCCGCCUUUGAUCCGACAAUGGCAGCUGCUUAUUAGCUUGAUGAGGGACGACAGAAUGCGCUAUUCUUAGGGAGCGAUGAGGAGUCAUAAUAUUGAGAAAGGUGGGGGCGGCGGUUGGGUUGGGAAUGGCAACGUUGUGAGGGAGAUGUGUCGGAGUGUGCUAUUGGUAUACCCAGUUGAUGCGAUGAGUGC